GUUUUAAAGUGUUUUCUACAAAUUUUGUUUUGUGUCGUGAAAAAGUCCAGUGAAAAUCGAGAUUGUUUACAUCACCGGACCUGUGUGUAAUUACCCACAAAAAAUUCACGCGCUCAUUUCGCCAUCUGCACGCGAGUAGAGGAAAGUAUUUCCCACCAUAACUUGGCGCACAGUGAGACGAAAACGAAAAGUCGGAUCUAGGGCGGGUAGAAAAUCGGCAUUAUGACAAGUGCAUGCGAUCACUGCGCGAAAACCGUCAAAUCGGACGAUGACUUUAUCGAGUGCAUGGGAUUUUGCAAAAAUGUGGUGCAUAUGCAGUGCGGUAAACAACUCAACAAGCCGUUCUUGAAAAAACUUGCCGAAAAUCCAAAUUUAUUUUGGAUGUGCAAUGAAUGUGUCAAGUUGAUGAAGUUUGCUCGCUUUCGCGACACCGUUUCCUCGCUUGGAUGUGUUAUCGCUGCUAUCGCUGGGAAAACGGAUGACGUCUGUGCUGAACUAAAGGCAGAGUUAUCAAAAAAUAACCAGCAAAUUUCGCACCUCGCCAGAAAGGUUUCAACAGCCACUCCAGUCCGGCCAAAUUCCGGUACAUCUCGACCACCUCAGAAACGUCGUCGCGAGGAUGGUCCUGAUCCGAGCAGUAUUCUUGUCGGCGGUCGAAAGCUAGUCGAUAAUAGCAACAUUCUCACGGUUCCUCCUCCCACUCCGUUGCUCUGGAUGUAUCUUUCCCGCUUUCAUCCCAGCGUUAGCAAGGAGACAGUCGAAAAAAUGUCCAAAGAAGGGCUAAACUGCAACGAGGAAAUAAAGGUCAUUCCGCUUGUUAAAAAAGGCAUAGACGUCAGUACUCUGAACUUCAUAUCUUUCAAAGUUGGAGUUCACCCAAAGUACCGUGAAGCAGCUCUUAACCCUGACACAUGGCCGCAAGGCAUAUUGUUCAGGGAAUUUGAGGAUAGCCGUACCCAGAACAUUUGGUGCCCACCGACUGAUUUUCCUACGCCUUCGGAAGCCGCAUGUAUUCCGCUAAGUCAACCCGGCCCAUCAACCCUACAGAGGACUCCGCAACGAUUGGCAAUGCCACUAUACCAAGCUACACCGCCAUUGUGAAGGAGUGUCGACGCUGAUCGCAUACUGGGACGCAAUGCAGUUGGUACAAUGGAAGCCCUCGAUCCCCCCGCUACAGUCGAGCCCUUGCAGCCAGCGUUCAGCAGUCGUCCCGGUUCUGUAUGUGUGGGUGGAGAAGGGGUCUUCCAAGCCGCCUUUCUCGGCAAUUCAUCGUCCAACACUCGCCGUAAGCUACUACCGUCCCGUUCCUGCUCUCCGCAUCGCUCCAUCGGGGUUCAACGCAUACUGGGACGCACCGCAGUUGGCACUAUGGAAGCCCUCGAGCCCCCCGCCACAGUCGAGCAAUUGCAGCCAGCGAUCAUCAGUCGUCCCGGUCCUGUGUGUGGGAUGGGUGAAAGGGUCUUCCAACCCGCCACAAAUGGCAAGUAUACAUCUGAUCCGAACACUUCAAGCGCUGAUGUAUUCUUCGCUUCCAGUAAUUUGCC